AAUGGGGAUUUGCAACUCAUGCGAAUCAAUCUCUGUAGCUACAGCCAAGCUGAUUCUUCAAAACGGGCAGCUUCAAGAAUUCUCGAGACCGAUUAAGGUCUCACAUGCAUUGCAGAUGAUGAACGUCAGUCCCAUGCAUUUCAUAUGCGACUCAGAUGACAUGGAGUUUGGAGGCUUUUUUGGUGCUGUUGAUGGGGAUCAAGUGCUUCAGUUGGGUCAGCUUUACUUUGUGUUACCGUUGAGUUGGCUGAAAAAACCACUUCGACCGGAGCAGAUGGCUGCUUUGGCCGUUAGGGCAAGUUUGGCGCUUACAAAUAUGAGACGGAGAUAUGGAGGCGGGUGUAAAAGUGCCAGUCCAGUUGUGUUUACUAUUAAGAAGAAUGUGAAGACCAGUCGGAUGGCGGCCAUGGGAGGUGGUGACAGCGGCAUAAGCGAUGGAGUCAGACGUCCUGAAGUUGUGAGGAGAAGAAGGAGAGGAGGGCGCCGCUAUAACCGUGGUGGUGGAAGUGGUAGCUAUACGACUAGGUUGAGUGUAAUUUUAGAGGAGGAUGAGAAGAUAGAGGAGGGUGCAUAAUUAUGUUGUAGACUGGAAUCAACAUUUUUAUAUAUUAAUUCAGAACUUAGUGAA